AUGGACUGGGGUCCCAGCCCUUCCAACCAGAAGGAGCUGCAGGCCCCUCAGCAGUCCAUUCCUGAGUGCCCCAUCUGCUAUGGCCCCUACGACAACAUCUUCCAGAGGCCCCUGCUCCUCCCUUGCGCUCACACCUUCUGCCUGGAAUGCCUGUCGAGGAUCUGUGUCUUCGUGAAACAAGCCCAGACCUUCCCCUGCCCUCUCUGCAGAGCACAAGUGCAUGUCCCCGACGGAGGGAUCCCCAAACUCCCGCCCAAUAUGGAUGUUGUGACCCAGUUCCCUCCAUGGCUGCAGACUCUGCAGGAGGUCUGGCUAGAUGGACACAGACUGUGCUGGAUCAAACAGCCGUCUUUGUCCUGUCAAGUGAGUGCUGGUGAAGAAGCCCUUGAGAUGCUGGUUACAGUGGAGUUAUUAUACAACCCAGCCCCUUGGGACGUCAGUAGAAGAGAUCUGAUAGGUAUCCACCAUCCCUCCCGCUUGUCCAUGUGCAGGGGGCUAUGCCAGCUCCUAUGGGAGCGUCGCCUGGCUGUGUUCUGGAUUGCUAUCCUGCUGCUGGUAUUGAUCGUUUUACCCAUCAUUUUUAUACCUGAUUCCCACAUGACCAGGACUCCAGAAGGUCAGCACCAGGUGGGGACCUUUCCGACAGCCGAUGCUCCAAGCAGCAGUCUGAGCAGGUCACAGAGCUUCUAGCAACUUGCCAUCCUCUGCUUGUGUGUAACACAGUGCACCUACUGCUUUA